UUGGACCAAUUGGAUUGAACAUCUCCGUUUCGUCCAAAAGAGGGAGUCAAGUUUCUUAUGCAGCAGUUUUUCCCACUUUCACAACACAACUCCAGAGCGCACUGACCGGAGAGAAAAGGGGGGGUGAGAAAUAUUACUUGACAACAACUGUUUUCUCUCACAGUGGCUACGGAGACUCAUAGGCUCAUAGGCUUUCUGCUGUGGGAGCGUCAGUCCGUGGGUCAGUUUGCCCUUGAGCCCUCACCUUGCAACUUUACUGUCUGUUUGCUGCAGCAGAACAACAAGCGGGUUCAUGAUCUCCAGGGAGCUCCCAUUUUUUCCACACCUGGAUUAACCUUUGGCGACGUUUUCUUUUCCUUCUUCUUGUGUAUUUUUUUUCGUACGUAUUUGCAACGAAGAAAAGGAAAUGUUGUGGAAACUAGCUGACAACGUAAAAUAUGAAGAAGAUUGUGAGGAAAGGCACGAUGGCAACAGCAAUGGGAACCCCCGGCUGCCUCACCUGCCAGCGGUCAGUCAGCACCUCUACAGCCCCUCUCCUUCUCUAUCCCACUCGGCUGGUUCCGACUUCCAACCCCCGUAUUUUCCACCUCCAUACCAGCCCAUCUCCUACCCACAGCCCACCGACCCUUAUUCCCAUCUCAGCGACCCGUUCAACAUUAACCCCAUUCAUCAGUCGCCUUCGUCGAACCAGCAGCAGUCCUCCUGGCCCGGCCGACAGAACCAGGACGGGCUCGGCAGGAGCGGACUGGCGAGUCAAAUCUUGGGCCUAGAUGGAGGCUCGUCCGGGGUGAGAAGGGAAGGGUUCCGGCGGUCGGAGCUGUUGCCCCCACACAGUCUGGACUCUUCAGUUAUUGGUGAUAAUAUGGGGAUUGUUUUCCCACUUGUAAACAAUGGCAUGUCAUUCCCAGGCAUGUGCCCCAGAGGAGAAGUGAAACACCCAUGUGACUCUGUGAUUUCUGUCUCAGUAUUAGGACUACGAGGUGGCAGGAACCUUGAUCGCAUACAGAGGACUUAUUAUGAGGGGGGCUUUCUUGCUGGCCCUGUCGCACUGCCCAAAGGCAACACGCUGGGCCUUCCCUUCCAGAAAGAGUCACUGCUGGGCAUGGUAUCCAACCCCACUGAAGUGUUUUGCUCCGUACCUGGCCGCCUUUCCUUGCUGAGCUCCACAUCUAAGUACAAGGUUACUGUGGCUGAAGUCCAGAGACGUUUGUCACCCCCGGAGUGCCUAAAUGCAUCGCUCCUGGGAGGAGUUUUACGCAGAGCCAAGUCAAAAAAUGGAGGUCGUUCCCUGAGAGAGAAGCUGGAUAAAAUCGGUCUUAAUCUGCCUGCAGGAAGAAGAAAGGCAGCCAAUGUCACUCUACUUACCUCACUUGUAGAAGGUGAAGCAGUUCAUUUAGCAAGAGACUUUGGUUAUGUAUGUGAAACUGAGUUUCCUGCAAAGGCAAUAGCUGAAUAUUUGGGCAGACCCCAUGUGGAGCGCAAUGAGGUCAACUCUCGCAAGAACAUGCUCCUCGCUGCAAAGCAAAUCUGCAAAGAAUUUACUGACCUGCUCACACAGGACCGGUCACCAUUGGGAAAUUCGAGGCCGGCGCCCAUCUUGGAGCCUGGAAUUCAGGGCUGUCUGACACAUUUCAGUCUCAUCACUCAUGGAUUCGGUUCUCCAGCCAUCUGCGCUGCAAUGACCUCGCUCCAGAACUACCUUAACGAGGCACUCAAACAAGUGGACAAGAUGUAUUUGAGUUCUGGCAGUGAAACCCAGGGAUCCUCGGAGAGUGGGAGCAAGUCUUCCGACAAAAUGGACAAGCACAGGAAAUGAGAGCUCAGAAGGAAAAAACAUGAAUUCAGAAUCUCAGAAUACACAUAUUCUUGCUGCCCUCUGUGUUUUGGACUUUUUGAAACUCAUCUUUAGUAUUACCAUUUUGAGAGCUUAUUUUGUAAGUGGGUGUCAACGUGUGCUUCAAUCACAAAUGUUUAUUUCUAAAAAAAA